AUGGGUAACUGUUGCUGCUGCGGCAGUCGAUCGACACCGCCGUCCAAACAAAAAGUCGGAGACGAUAUGGUAAGAAUCACCCAUCCACCACCGUUCAUCGAAAGCCCUUUUCCAAAAGACCAAACGUCGGUGAGCAGCAGCCGCCCCGAUGAAAGGUAUCGACCCACCCCGACCAAACCCAGACCAAUCAUGAUCGCCAUGUACAACUACGAAGCGAGAGAUAAUCAAGAUGUUUCUUUCAAAAAAGGCGAUCGUAUGGAAAUACUCGACGAUUCCGAAGGAGAUUGGUUAAAAGUCAUACACCUCGUUACCAAAGAAAGGGGAUACAUUCCAGGAAAUUACGUCGCUCCCGAGCAGAGCGUUGAAAGUGAAGACUGGUUCUUCGAGAACAUAUCUAGAAAAGAAGCAGAAAAACUUCUGUUAUCAGAAGAUAAUCCGCGAGGCACUUUUCUGGUCCGUCCUUCUGAACAUAAUCCCAAUGGAUAUUCCCUUUCAGUCAAAGACUGGGAAGAGUACCGAGGAUAUCAUGUCAAACAUUACAAAAUUAAACCCUUGGAUAAUGGUGGAUUUUACAUUUCAACCAAUAAAACUUUUGACAAACUUUCAGAUUUAGUGAAUGCCUAUACCAAAAAUGCAUAUGGUUUAUGCCAUGUCCUAGCGAAACCUUGUAAAAAGCCUCAACCGCCCAUGUGGGACCUGGGUCCAACCUACAGGGACAAAUGGGAAAUCUCAAGAGACGAACUAAUCCUGAUUCGACGUCUCGGAAGAGGCAAUUUCGGCGAAGUUUACUAUGGAAAAUGGAAAAACAAUAUCGAAGUGGCUGUGAAAACGUUAAGAGAAGGUACAAUGUCGACCGCUGCGUUCUUAGAAGAAGCGGCCAUCAUGAAAAAGUUCCGUCAUAAGAAAUUAGUAACGUUGUAUGGGGUAUGCAGCGAACAAGAACCUAUCUACAUCGUUCAAGAAUAUAUGUGUAAAGAAAGUUUAUUAGAUUUCCUAAGGAAAGAUGAAGGCAAGCAAUUGGUCUUUGAAGAUUUAAUUUAUAUUGCUUUUCAAGUAGCUUCUGGAAUGGAAUAUUUAGAAUCUAAACAACUUAUUCAUAGGGAUCUAGCAGCAAGAAACGUAUUAAUAGGAGAAAACAACAUCGCUAAAAUAUGUGAUUUCGGAUUAGCCAGGGUAAUAGAAGAUAACGAAUACUGUCCAAAACAAGGUUCUCGAUUUCCAGUGAAAUGGACAGCCCCAGAAGCCAUAAUCUACGGCAAAUUUUCCAUAAAAUCCGACGUAUGGUCCUACGGAAUACUCCUCAUGGAACUAUUCACUUACGGCCAAGUACCGUAUCCAGCUAUGCCCGGUCGAGAAGUUGUAGAUCUCGUGGAGAAAGGUUAUCGAAUGCCCAAACCGACUACCCAUCACGUCCCGGACGAAAUCUAUCAAAUUAUGUUGAACACUUGGGACGCCAAUCCAGAAAAACGACCAACCUUCGAAUUCCUUACUCAUUACUUCGAAGGAUUUAAUGUCACAUCCGAAGUUCCUUAUAGAGAAGUGCCAGAUUAA